AUGUCUCGAAGUCACGAAGAAUCCACUGCCCUAGCCAUGCGCCCUUCCAAGCGCCCUGCCGCGCCCCCUGCCGAUCGGCCUGCCAAGCGCCUUAAGGCCAGCGCGCAGCCAAACAACCAAGAAGAGCCCGUGGUACUCCGCCCACCUGAGAAGACGACAGCGGGGCCACCGGAGCCCAUCGACUAUGGCAUCGACUGCUUCUGCGGCGAGUCGCAUCCCAAAUGGUCCUGCGGCGAGUGUUCACCGCCCACAGCUGCCGAGCCAGCGGAUACGAAGGAGUCUGCGGUCGUGAAGGACUCCACGAACGUGAAGAGGUCUACGAGCAUGAAGAAGUCCUCGAGCAUGAAGAAGUCCGCGAACGUGAAGAAGUCUGCCGACAUGAGGAAACCUGUGGAAGAGGACAAGAAGCCUUGGAUCACCCCAGCAUUGAUGGAAAAGAUCUUCCCGCAGCCACCUGCUCCACGGGGUCCUGGCGGCGAUGUAUACGGCAUUGAUUCCUGGCGUGCUGCUGCUGCCGCUGCUGCGGAUCCUCUGUACGUCGUGCGGCCCGAUGCUCGUUCGAAUCCCAUCAGGAGGAUCAUGGAGCAAGCCGAGCGCGAGAAAGAUCUGGAGUCAGUGACUACUUGGAAUGCAGAGGUGACGCAGUAUGACUGGGUGGUGAAGACGCAGGCGGAGGCGGAUGGUGAGGGGUGGAACGAUGGAGAUGAGGGCAUGGAUAGUGACGAGAGUGUGGAGGAUGAAGUCUUGUGA